AGGGUGGUGGGGAGUGUGCAUUGGCAGGGAAGCCAGGUUUCUAGCUUUGUUCUUUCUGCUCUUCUUCUGGAGCCUAGAGGCUUCUUGCCGGGACCUCAGUGAACCCUGACCAGAAGGUGCUCUCUCCUGCUUAAAUCCUUUCCUUCGAGAGAAGACAGGACUAGGAAUAAGGACCCAUGACUUCAGGGCUUCGAGAACCCCUACGCGAAAGAAGACCAAUGGGCAAAAGUUAACAGACCUCUAGUUCUCCAAGCAAGGCUCAUCUGCCUCGGUUUCCCCAUUUUGACGGGAUGGGAAAGUAGCUGGGCAGGGAGCUGUGCACAGGCCUCUGUACUCCGCCCGGAGGAAUCUGGCGGAGUCCCCAGGUGAGGAUUCUUCUGGAAAGGACCCAGCUAGGUUCCUGCACGGGGCGGGCACCUGGGGGACUAUCCCCACUCCAACCGGCGCCUCCCUGCCGCACAUAGUCGCUUCGCCGGGCAGCAGCGAAAGACGCUUGAACCAGAAGGAAAAAGAGAGAGGAGGAAAAAAAAAAAUUGUCUCCCUGGCCCAGGGCCAGCGUCCCAGCCCCCCUCGCCGCCGGCGCGCUCCAGCCAGGGAAAACAACUGCUCACUUCUCCCUGCGUCCUCCCCGCGCGCUCCCUGCUUCCCGGCGGCCGCGGGAGAGGAGCCCGGCCAGGGGGAGGCGCGGAGCGGGCUGGCCGCCCGGCCUUCCUCUCCCCUCGCUCCUCCUCUCCGCCUCCACUUGCUCCGGCCUCCUCGCUCCGGCCUCAGUUCGGGGCCUGGCUGGGUUUCUCCCGGCCAGGGAAGUUUCUUCGCUCUACCCUCAGUGCAGCUUCCAGCGCUCUCCCUCGCAACGGGGAUCCCGGCCGCUCCUGCUGUCCCCUCCCUGCCCUUGGCUUCUCGCCCCGCUCUGCCCUCUGCUCCCAACACUCGAUCCCCUGCUCGGGCUCGACCUCCGAUCUCCGAGGGUCCUGCGGCCCCGGAUGCCCGGGCCCCGAGGGGCUGCCCGCGGCCUGGCCCCUGCGAUGCGCCAGGCCGGGGUAUCGGGGCUGCUGGCGCUACUGCUGCUGGCGCUGCUGGGCCCCGGCGGCGGGGCCGAGGGGGGGCCGGCCGGCGAGCGGGGCACAGGCGGGGGCGGGGCGCUUGCCCGCGAACGCUUCAAGGUGGUCUUUGCGCCGGUGAUCUGCAAGCGGACCUGUCUGAAGGGCCAGUGUCGGGACAGCUGUCAGCAGGGCUCCAACAUGACGCUCAUCGGAGAGAACGGCCACAGCACCGACACGCUCACCGGUUCUGGCUUCCGCGUGGUGGUGUGCCCUCUACCCUGCAUGAACGGUGGCCAGUGCUCCUCCCGAAACCAGUGCCUGUGUCCCCCGGAUUUCACGGGGCGCUUCUGCCAGGUGCCUGCCGCAGGAACUGGAGCCGGCACUGGGAAUUCAGGCCCCGGACUGGCCCGGACCGGAGCCAUGUCCACAGGCCCGCUGCCACCCCUUGCCCCAGAAGGAGAGUCUGUGGCUAGCAAACACGCCAUUUAUGCGGUGCAGGUGAUCGCAGACCCUCCCGGGCCGGGGGAGGGUCCUCCUGCACAACACGCAGCCUUCUUGGUGCCCCUGGGGCCAGGACAAAUCUCCGCAGAAGUGCAGGCUCCGCCCCCCGUGGUGAACGUGCGUGUCCAUCACCCUCCUGAAGCUUCCGUUCAGGUGCACCGCAUUGAGGGGCCGAAUGCUGAAGGCCCAGCUUCUUCCCAGCACCUGCUGCCGCAUCCCAAGCCCCCGCACCCGAGGCCACCCACCCAAAAACCACUGGGCCGCUGCUUCCAGGACACACUGCCCAAACAGCCUUGUGGCAGUAACCCUUUGCCUGGCCUCACCAAGCAGGAAGAUUGCUGCGGUAGCAUUGGCACUGCCUGGGGACAAAGCAAGUGUCACAAGUGCCCACAGCUUCAGUAUGCAGGGGUGCAGAAGCCGGGACCUGCACGUGGGGAGCUGGGUGCUGACUGCCCUCAGGGGUACAAGAGGCUCAACAGCACCCACUGUCAGGACAUCAACGAAUGUGCGAUGCCCGGCAUGUGUCGCCAUGGUGACUGUCUCAACAACCCUGGCUCUUAUCGCUGUGUCUGCCCGCCCGGCCAUAGCUUGGGUCCCUCACGCACACAGUGCAUUGCCGACAAACCAGAGGAGAAGAGCCUGUGCUUCCGCCUUGUGAGCACUGAACACCAGUGCCAGCACCCUCUGACCACGCGCCUCACCCGCCAGCUCUGCUGCUGUAGUGUGGGUAAAGCCUGGGGUGCCCGGUGCCAGCGCUGCCCGGCUGAUGGUACAGCAGCCUUCAAGGAGAUCUGCCCAGCUGGGAAAGGAUACCACAUCCUCACCUCCCAUCAGACCCUCACCAUCCAGGGUGAGAGUGACUUCUCCCUGUUCCUGCACCCCGAUGGGCCACCCAAACCCCAGCAGCUUCCUGAAAGCCCCAGCCGAGCACCACCCCUCGAGGACACAGAGGAAGAGAGAGGAGUGACCAUGGACCCACCAGUGAGCGAGGAGAGAUCGAUGCAGCAGAGCCACCCCACUACCACUGCCUCACCAGCCCGGCCUUACCCAGAGCUGAUCUCUCGGCCCUCCCCACCUACCUUCCACCGAUUUCUGCCAGAUUUACCCCCUUCCCGAAGUGCGGUGGAGAUCGCCCCCACUCAGGUCACAGAGACCGAUGAGUGCCGAUUAAACCAGAAUAUCUGUGGCCAUGGACAGUGUGUGCCUGGCCCCUCGGAUUACUCCUGCCACUGCAACCCCGGCUACAGGUCACAUCCGCAGCACCGCUAUUGUGUUGACGUGAACGAGUGCGAGGCAGAGCCCUGCGGCCCCGGGAGAGGCAUCUGCAUGAACACUGGCGGCUCCUACAAUUGUCACUGCAAUCGAGGCUACCGCCUCCACGUGGGUGCAGGGGGCCGCUCGUGCGUGGACCUGAACGAGUGCGCCAAGCCUCACUUGUGUGGUGACGGUGGCUUCUGCAUCAACUUCCCUGGUCACUACAAAUGCAACUGCUAUCCUGGCUACCGGCUCAAGGCCUCCCGCCCACCCGUUUGCGAAGACAUCGACGAGUGUCGUGACCCUAGCACCUGCCCUGAUGGCAAAUGUGAAAACAAACCUGGUAGCUUCAAGUGCAUCGCUUGCCAGCCUGGCUACCGCAGCCAGGGGGGCGGGGCCUGCCGUGAUGUCAACGAAUGCUCCGAGGGUAGCCCCUGCUCUCCUGGAUGGUGUGAGAACCUUCCGGGUUCUUACCGUUGCACGUGUGCCCAGGGAUACGAGCCCGCACCGGACGGCCUCAGUUGCAUAGAUGUGGAUGAGUGUGAGGCUGGGAACGUGUGCCACGAUGGCAUCUGCACGAACACACCAGGCUCCUUCCAGUGCCAGUGCCUCUCUGGCUAUCAUCUGUCAAGGGACCGGAGCCACUGUGAGGACAUUGAUGAAUGUGACUUCCCUGCGGCCUGCAUCGGGGGUGACUGCAUCAAUACCAAUGGUUCCUACAGAUGUCUUUGUCCCCAGGGUCAUCGGUUGGUAGGCGGCAGGAAGUGCCAAGACAUAGAUGAGUGCAGCCAGGACCCAGGCCUGUGCCUGCCCCACGGGGCCUGCGAGAACCUCCAAGGCUCCUAUGUCUGUGUCUGCGAUGAGGGUUUCACACUCACCCAGGACCAGCAUGGGUGUGAGGAGGUGGAACAGCCCCACCACAAGAAGGAGUGCUACCUCAACUUCGAUGACACAGUGUUCUGCGACAGUGUACUGGCUACCAACGUCACCCAGCAGGAGUGUUGCUGCUCUCUGGGGGCUGGCUGGGGAGACCACUGUGAAAUCUAUCCCUGUCCAGUCUACAGCUCAGCCGAAUUUCACAGCCUCUGUCCUGAUGGGAAAGGCUACACUCAGGACAACAACAUUGUGAACUAUGGCAUUCCAGCCCACCGUGACAUCGACGAAUGCAUAUUGUUUGGGGCAGAGAUCUGCAAGGAGGGCAAAUGCGUGAACACGCAGCCGGGCUACGAGUGCUACUGCAAGCAGGGUUUCUACUACGAUGGCAACCUGCUGGAGUGCGUGGACGUGGAUGAGUGCUUGGAUGAGUCUAACUGCAGGAACGGAGUGUGUGAGAACACACGCGGCGGCUACCGCUGCGCCUGCACGCCGCCGGCAGAGUACAGCCCCGCACAGCGCCAGUGUCUGAGCCCAGAGGAGAUGGAGCACGCCCCAGAGAGACGUGAAGUGUGCUGGGGCCAACGAGGAGAGGACGGCAUGUGUAUGGGGCCCCUGGCGGGACCUGCCCUCACUUUCGAUGACUGCUGCUGCCGCCAGGGCCGCGGCUGGGGUACCCAGUGCAGACCGUGCCCGCCACGUGGCACUGGGUCCCAGUGUCCAACUUCACAGAGUGAGAGCAAUUCCUUCUGGGACACAAGCCCCCUGCUACUGGGGAAGUCUCCACGAGACGAGGACAGCUCCGAGGAGGAUUCAGACGAGUGCCGUUGUGUGAGUGGCCGCUGUGUGCCACGGCCAGGCGGGGCGGUAUGCGAGUGUCCUGGGGGUUUUCAGCUGGACUCCUCCCGUGCCCGCUGCGUGGACAUUGAUGAGUGCCGAGAACUGAACCAGCGCGGACUGCUGUGCAAGAGCGAGCGGUGCGUGAACACCAGCGGUUCCUUCCGCUGCGUCUGCAAAGCUGGCUUCACGCGCAGCCGCCCUCACGGGGCCUGUGUGCCUCAGCGCCGCCGCUGAUACAGCCAGAGCCCACACCUCAGUGAUCAUCGAGGCUAUUUUCCACUGAAAGUGGGGAAAAGUACAUCCUUUACUCCUGACCAAAGGAGAGCACGGACCCAAGGAUCCUUCGGGCCCACAGAUCUCCUUCCCACACCCCAACACCCAAGGGUGCUCCUGUCUGCAGAGCGCUGUCUGCUUUCCUUCCUGAGGAUGAUUCCUAGAAACUUCGAAGUCAGAUCUGCCCCUUUAAUUUACUCUUGGCUUUCAAGGCAAAUUGAUAUUCACAUCCAAAGCGGGUUGGGAUGGCAGCACCAAGACCUACUUACUGCUUGGGUGGGUUAGGCUGAGCUGGAACCCAGGAUGUGAAAUAGAAUUUAUUGUGGCUCUGAUUAUGUACACUAGAUGUGCCUGACCUGCUGACCAGGCUCACAUGGUUUGUACAAUAAAUACAUCCGUCGGG